AUGUCACUCGCAGAUUUGAAUCAACAAUCAGUCGGCUACAUCAUUGUAGCUAUUACUCAAGUAUCAAUUAUUCUAGCAGAACCAGGUCUAUAUGGUUUGGGUGUACCCUCUGUGAACUGGAGUAACCCAUCUGACACUUAUUUUGGUGUUUUCAAUAACGGAUCAUUUAAUCAAAUACUUGAUUUAUCAAAUGGAGAAUAUAAUGGUUUUGCUAAUGGAUCUGAUCCAUCUUGUUCAGUAAACAAUAUGUUUUACGUGUUUGUUAUGCAAGGCUACGGUAUCAAUGAAUUGAUUCAAAUCGAUACUGAUAAGGUGACCUACUCUCAAGUUGCAUCAAACGUUUUGAGCGAACAAACCAUCGAAUCUCUAUACUGUGUCGGUAGUGGUCCAUCUUCAUCUGCUCUACCAUUGUUUAUCGCUGUCCAAAGCCCACCAAAUAGCAAUACCGGUAUCUUGAUCUCUUCCAACAAUGCUGGAACUGGAGGUGACAAGGUUCUCUACAAGUCCAAUCCAAACAGACAAUUAUUGGCAUCUGCCUAUGACUCUACAGCUGGUAUUGUCUACAUUUUCUAUAACAACACUGCCACCAAUACCAAUGGUGUCACUGUCUACUCUAUGGUCGCUGGUCAAUCUCAAGACUCUGUUAUGCCAAGACUCCCAGCCAACUUUGUUAUCCUCGAUACCGUCUAUUCACCAUUUGACAACAAUAUCUACGGUAUUGCAUCGAUCGACGCUGCUCAACAAACCUACCGUUUCUUUGUCUUUAAUCCACAAGGAGGUAUCGGUAUCAAUAUCAUCAAGGCAUCCUACACACUUCCACAAGUCGGUUCCCUCGGUACUCCAAACAUCAAACUCGACGUAUCAGGACCAAACGUUUAUGCUGCCCUCACUCUUACUCUUUCCGGUCUCAGAUACGAUACUAUUAUUUUAGAUUUUGAUCUUGAAACUUAUCAGAUCACUGAUUCAUCCAAUUCUUACAACAUCUGUGCUUUUUCUGCAGUUAAUGCUUAA